AUGGUGAGCACAGUUGAAACUGCAAGACAAAGUGGAUUUUCCGAGAAGGAUGAAUUAACUAUCGAAAGACACAUACUGGCUAGGUUUAAGUCGACACUUGUGAAAAUGGAGAAACUGCCCAACUUUAAUAUCAUUGAUGCUAGGAGCACAAUAGUUUGGAGGGAAGUGUUACAGUCAAUGGAGACUAGGUCAAAAGGAUUGAUCAAACAAUUAAUCAACGCUGAAAAUGACGAACCUAUAGAGAAACUAAAAACUUUUCCUUAUAGGGACUGGAAUGAUGAUUGGUACGAAUACUUUAUCAGAACAUUACUUUUGCAAGUAAUUGACAUUUUGGUGACAAAGAACGCUGGAAAGAAUAGUUAUACUAUUUUCACUGACUUGUGGGAGGCGUCUAAGAAUGUAUCGGAUCCAACGGUUGGGAAAAAGCUUAUGAAUCGAAUGCUAGCCUAUCACAGUUUUCUUUUGGAUAAGUCAAUCAUCCCUCACGUGUGGUUACAAAAGCUUCGAGAAUUCUCACGUUCUCAUACUGAUGAAAUUGAAGAGUUCAUCAACACACUUGAACAGAAAUAUGAACAUGCAUGUUUUGUAAGCAUGUGUUUUAAGACCGACAGUUUUAAGGACAUAUGUACAAAACUCUACGUGGAUGCAUACAACAGCUGGUUAACAGAUAAGACGAUCAAGCCACCACAUGUGGAUUCUAUGUGUGUAGAAUUUCAAAAAUAUUCAAGUUACCUCACUAUCACUACCUAG